CUGCUCAAAACCCAGCUGCAAAACACCGGCGCAAUGUCGACAGUAGCCACAAUCUUCACGCACACACAUCUGUCGAUGUUACGAACAUGGGCCGUCCCUCUGUCAGAACUGUGUACUACCCAGCACCCAAAGUCACAAUGGCAACACCUGCAGCGUACAGAGGCCGAUGGAAGUAUGUUGACUUUAUGGCGGUGUCAUGCAUGGUAUACGCUUCAUACCAUGACAUACAUAAAAGGAGUAUACAAAGGAGAUGAAUAGGA